UAUUACUGAAAAAAAUAGGUUCCUGCUCCAUGAUGAGUGCUGUUUGGAGUCAAAAUACACUGAAGGCCAACCUGGAGAGCCUCCAGUGUCACUUCACAUGGAACUUGAACCCCCAUAGAUCCAAACUGUUUCUUCUCAGGGAUAAGUUGGAAGACAUUGGCACUGUGGAGGGAUACAGCUGGCUGGGACAUAUUUACAAUUUACAGGGUUACAUACAUUACCAACUUGGAAUCACUAAAGAUGCCCUGCAUUUCUUCAGCAGGGCUGCGGAGGCUUUGCGUCAGAUGAGAAAUACUAUCCCAGAGGAGGGCCCUUGGCUAGUGGUCAACUAUGGGAACUUGGCUUGGCUGCACUACCAAAUGGGAAAACGGGCAGAAAGUCAAACUUACCUGUCAAAGGUUGAUAUCCUUCUGAAUGAAUAUCCUUCUCCAUGUCAUGGGGAACUCCACCCAGAGAUCUGUGCUGAAAAGGCCUGGGCUCUGAUGAAAUUUGGAAAAGAAUAUGCCCUCCCGGCGGUGGAAUAUUUUCAGAGAGCCAUCAGGAUGCAGCCGGACAUGAUUGAGUGGCACACAAGUCAUGUCUUAGCAAUAGUGAGCACUUGUAAGCUUUAUAAAACACAACUAGAUGUGAACACCUUUGAGAAAAUUAAAAUAGCUCUGAAACACGACCCAAAAAAUUUGUACCUUUCAACAAUUUACCUGGCAGCUUGCGCUGCUGGAGGAAGGAGAAUUGAAGGUGAAGCCUGCCAAUUGGCAAAGAAGAUUUUGAAAAACCCUGUCAGCAGCUACAGUGGUAUUAAACCAUUGCUUAAACUGUACAGAGUUUAUUUAUCAAUUGAUGAAGCUCUUGACUUGGCAGAGGAAGCACUUGAAAGACAUCCAGGAGAACGUUAUCUGAAGCGGUGUGCUGCAAUCUGCUACAAAAAGAAAAUCUUUUUAUACAGAGACAUUUCGCUGCAACAAAUCUUGAUUGACAAGGCAAUCAGUCUUUAUAAAGAAGUUAUUGCUCUUUAUCAUCAAUCUUCACUCAAAAGAAAAAUAACUCUUGCCAACAUAUAUGUAAAGUCAACUCACAACCAAGCUAAAGCUGAUGAGAUAUUUGAGGAACUACUAUACCAGAGUGAUCAGGAACCUGGAGACAGGCAGAUGGUUUAUAGCUAUUAUGCAAAAUAUUUACACCUCAUUCAGAAGCAGAGCUACAAGUCAAUAGAAUAUUACAUGAGGGCAGCAGCAAUACAGCAUCCAUCUGUACAUCGUGUAAACAGCAUCCAAAUUCUAAAGAAAAUUAGGCAAAGGAAUAGAAACCGAAUGUGUACAGAAAUUGAGGAGUUUCUUGACAACCUACCAGACUGA